CACAUUGAACUAAGCGACAUUAGGAGGUGUUAGUAAAUUAAACUACAAUUAAACAAAAUUCAAAACAAACGAAUAUCAAAAAAUCGAAGAAAUAUCGAAAAAGAGCUCGCAUCGAAACUUAAAAAAUUUUCCCAAAAAUAUAUUUUCGCUAUUUUUGGUCUUGCUUGCUGUUUGUUGCUCACGCCCCUUAGCGAUUCUUCUUAAAUAUGAAAUUAAAUUUGAAUUUAUGUAAAUUCGUUUGCUGCGGCUUACUCGUGUUGGUUCUGAUGACUGAACACAGUAUGGCCGGUCAACGCUUUUGCGGAAAAGCUUUACAAGACGUCCUGGAUAGCCUAUGCCUGAAUGGUUUCAAUCCCAUGAUAAGAAGUGUUAUGCAUAAAAAAUCGGUUGAUUUAUCUGACUAUACGGACAACGAAAUUGAAGAUUCCCUAACUGCGUAUCCAUACGACAAUUCGCUCUUCCUAGAUAAGCUCUUUGGCGAGGAUAUCGGCCAUAUGAUGACCAAAACACGCCGACGUCGUCAUGGUGUUUACGAUGAAUGUUGUCGCAAGCCUUGCAAUUAUACUGAACUAGCAUCGUAUUGCUUGUAAAAAAUCAAACCAAAACCAACUUCGAACUAAACCAACUUUCGUUGCAAAUAAAUUUUGUAAAAAGCUCCAAUUUUUUUUUUUAAAUUUUUUUUUUUUUUUUU